GACUAAGUGUGUCGACAGCAAAAAAAGACAAGAAUCCUGGAAUAAAAGACCUUACUGAUCCAAAACGUCACCUGGAAUUAGCUGAGAGGGUGUGCGAGUUAUAUGACGGCGAAUGGACACACGCCUUGAAAAAUUUAGAGUCUGAGCUUAAUAUUGAAGAAGAAAAAGGAAUCAAGAUUUUGUUAAAAAUCGUUAAGAAUGUUUUUGAAGCAUGCACCGAGUUUGGAGACAGUCACCUUCAGUCCUUCCCCGAUAUGCUGAUUUUACCUGCAUCUUUUAUACACAAGGAGAAAGAAAGAAUGGUCAAUGUCAAGGACCUAUCUUCUGAAAUGCUUAAACCAAUGAAAGAUUUUCGAAAAUCACACGCAAAACAUGCAAUAAACCAUUUGCAAAAGUUUUUUGCUACUGAGGAGGGAAAAUCAAAAUUGAAGAUAAAGAAAAAAGUAUUCAAAACCUGUGAAGAAUACAUUAAUAAGUGCAUAGAACUAUGCUGGAUGAUGCGCAUUCAAGAUCCACCAAUUUACAUGGAAACAGAAUACCCGACAAAUUCAGAUUUUGACUCAAACAAAAUGCGAUCGUACACGAAAGCGGGGAAAUUCAUAUACUUUGUUGUAUGGCCUACCUUCUUCCUGCACAAGGAUGGUCCACUAUUGGCAAAAGGGGUAGUGCAAGGGAGCAAAAUAGAAAUAAAAGAUGGAAAAGAAACCAAUGGCAACAAAGAAUACAGUUCGUCAAGCUCUGACUCUGACGGUGAUGAAUUUACUGACGCCCGGUCAAGAACAGAUUCACAUGCAGCAGGAGAUAAUCCUAACGAAACCACCUCUCAGGUUGAAGUCAGAGAUGUACCAGAACCAAAUCAGCCAGAAAAUAAAGAAAUGCCACAAGAAGGAGACGGAACAUCUAACAAUGGCACAAAUGACACACAAGGGGGACCAAAUGGUACUCAUGAUACCCCAGAGGAGAAACCAAAAAACAGCGAUGAAAAACCAGACCCAAAUAACACCGACAGCAAACCAGUAUAAGCAAAUAAUACUGACGACAAAGCAACUGAAACAAAUAAAACAGACGUCAAAACAGAAGAAGCAAAUAACGAUAGGCAUAUCAACCAAUCAAAACCGCCAGGAAGUGAAGCAAAUGAUCAUAAGGAAGCAGAUAAUUUAGACGACACGAAGGGAGAAGAAAGCGGGGAAAGGGCUGAUGAGCAGAAAGUCGACGACAAAAGUCAAAGUCAAGGAGAAGAAACAGAUAUAUAGGUGACUUACUACGCGGACUUUAUAUCUUAUGUCUGUGUACCUUAUAUCUAAAACAAAUACUUUAUUUACCAAAGAGUAGCUUGUAUCUUCUUGAUUUAAUUUCGUUGUGAAUUACUGUUAAUUUGAAAUUAUUUGAAAAAUGAUUCCGAGACUGGUAACCAAUAAAUUAUUUUAUAUAAUUAAUUGAUAAUCAACACGUUCUACUUAAUUGUUUAUUCGAUAUUUACUUUCGAGAUUUGACUACCCAGUAAUUCAGAAUUAUAAUCGUGUAUUUCGUUGUGAAUUUAGCAUAUCAUUCCUUGUCUGUUGAUGGUUGUCUUACUUCUAUAUUGCAAGUCAUUAUUUUGCUUUUACAAUAUAUAGAAAAAUUCCAAUGCGAAGGUUGUAAUCGUAAUAUUUGAAUA